CUGAAGAUUCCCUCUGCACCAUGGAGAACCAGACUGUCAGCACAGAUAUUCUGCUCCUUGAAGGGUUAAAGGUCGCUCCUCAGUCCUCCGUCCCCGCCUUCAUCCUCCUCCUCCUCAUCUACGUCUUCAUCAUGGUGUCCAACAUCGGCCUGGUGGUCCUGAUCUCCAUGCAGAGGAGCCUCCAGCAGCCCAUGUACCUGCUGUUCUGUAACAUGAGCGUUAACGACGUCUUCGGCUCCACGACGCUCAUUCCUCGCCUUCUGAGCGACCUUUUCCUCCCCCACGCCGAGCGCUACAUCCACUACAUGGACUGUGUGGUCCAGGCGUUCUGUCUCCACCUCUUUGCCAGCACCUGCCACACGGUGCUCAUAAUCAUGGCGUUUGAUCGCUACGUGGCGAUCUGUAACCCGCUCCGGUACGCCACCAUCAUGACCCAUAGGAUGGUGGUGAAGCUGUCAGCAACGGCGUGGACGGUGUCCUUCGUUAUGGUGUUGAUCCUCAUCAGUCUCAGCGUCCGCCUGUCGCGCUGCAGGGCCGCCAUCUUACACCCGUUCUGUGAUAACGCCUCCUUGUUCAAGCUGUCGUGUGAGAGCGUCCUCAUCAAUAACAUCUACGGCCUCGGCUUCACCGUCGUCCUCCUAGGCUCCUCCCUAGGCAGCGUCACGCUCACCUACCUGAGGAUCGCCGCCGUGUGCGUGAUCAGUAAGAACAAGGCGCUGAACAGCCGGGCGCUGCAGACCUGCGUCACUCACCUGGCCGUUUACAUCAUCUUGUUCAUGUCCGGCAGCGUCAUCAUCAUCCUCCACCGAUUCCCCCACCUAUCAGACGAGAGGAAGAUGGCGUCAAUCCUGUUUCACGUCGUUCCUCCUGCGAUGAACGCCGUCAUCUACGGACUACAGAUCAAAGCGGUCAGAGAGAAAAUCUUCGUCUUGUUUUUACGGAGAUCGAUCGCUGUGGCCGAUGGGAAAUGA